AUGUCUUACGCCGGAAGUUACCGAUUCGCGUCGAUCGGUCAGCUGGAUGAAUUGGUUAUGAGAGUUUCGCUGACGCGCCAGUCUACGGCUUUCAAUUUCGGUCAUCCGAUUUUACCAUCGAACGCUUCCGAUGAACUCUCGCUCGAAUUCCGAUGGCAAGAACACAUUGCACGGGCCACCAAUCGCCUAUUCACAAUAAAUCAGGAGCAGCUUUCCAACAAUCUGAACUUGGUGAAGAAGAGCUUCAGUGAUCGUCGCAGAUCCUUCUUAGCCGACUGCAGUAAGAGGCCGAGAUCCUCUCGGGACGAGAAGUCGGUUGGGCCUCAAUAUGUAGUGGGCUCGAAUCCAGAACGACUCUUGCUUAAAAAAUGCGUCUCCAUGUUCGUCCUCGCGGAUUUCACCAAAAAGAUUGGCACUGAGACCGACUCUGAAAACUUGCUCGAUGCUACACCCUUGGACACUGGGCACGUGCUGGUGGAGUUACAUCUGAUUGAGGACAGUUACGGAUUCCAACUCCGGGUGAUACCAGAUUUCUCGGAUGAGCCGUACACUCUCCGAGGAAACUCAGAAAACACCUACAUCAUGUCGGUCACUGUGAAAAAGCCAAAUGUUUUACAAGACCUCCAAAUAUCGUUUCCUCGACCGACGAAUGAGAAGAGUGUGUUCCUGUCCAAGAAGAUGGCCGAAAUGUCCAUAGCUCAACCCAAAGAAGGGCAGAUCAGAACCACGAUUUUCGGGGAAAUCGUUUCAGCCGUGGGUUUUCCGAAGAACAAAAGUUUAUUCGUUCUAUAUACGGCAUCUUCGCCCCAUGGAUGGAGCCUACUCGGUAAACGGGCUGAGGACGAGCUGAACGCCACGUUCAGUAGUAUAUCCCUGCGAUACCGUCCACCUGGAGCGGCGAUUGCGAAGAACAUCGCCCAUUUCGGGCAUCCAUUCCACUUCAACUACACGACUACGGAGCCGGAGAAUUUGCCGAGGAUGCACUUCAAGGUCGUGCAUUUUGAUGUGAAUACUGAACGAUAUCAUACGCUGGCAACGGGGAGUGCUUCCGUCGGGGAAUCGAAUCUGGCUCGCGUUCCUCUGGUGAGGACGAUUCCCAAAGGUUUCGUCGAACGUCUCAGAGAGAGAUUCAUCGGAGGGAGCAAAUGUCUGACCGGCAUUGUUGUGGGACAGAAAAUCGCGAGCGACUCCUACACAGUCCCCGAGGGCGAACUAAUCGUCCGCGUACAAGUACUCCGGCAAUCACGCAAAUAUCGUCUUGAAGAUCUCCUCAUCGAGUCGCAACUCCGUUUGCUCAAAUCGUCGGGGCAAACCUUAUCCACCGUACAAGUCGCUCUAUCGGCAUUCCAAGAAGCUCGUCUGAAGAUGAUUCAAGCGCGACAAGAACAGAAGCAGAUAGUCGACACUGAAGUUUCGAACCAAGAGACUCGUCAACGUAGCGCUCAACGCAGAACGCGAUGA